GCGCCAAGCUGAGACAUUUUUCGGAAGCGAAAAAAUGCAGUGUAGGUUAGUUAAUGGAGCUCAACACUCCUUUUUCGAACACUUCAGAGGGAUGAAGGCUGCCACCUCAACUGCACAUUGGGUGAAAAAGAGAAAGAAGAGUUCAAUAUGAUUGCAACACUGAGACUCAUUAUGGGUUUACUGAGUAUUAUCGGAGCAUUAUCCAUAGUUUGCUCAGCGGUUUACAGAAAAACAGUCUUCAAUCCGAAAGUCCACCCAAUAUUUGUCCUGUCAGUAGCGGACACUCUGCUGAGUGUACUGUGGAUCAGUGGAGCAGUGCUGUGGCUAACAGGAGGUCUCAGUGGUUACAACAAACCCCGAGUUCGUUGUUUCUCUAUCUACUGUAUGACCGUGAUACUUCAGUGUGUUUCAAUGAAUGUGACUCUUAUCUAUGCCCUCCUGGCAUACUUCAGCAUAAAACAGAGAGCCUUGAAUGGUGUCUAUAUGGUACCGCAGAGACCUGUGUCUAUCCACGUCUGGCCCCCUCUCUGUUCUUUUACUGCAUAUUUGAUUGCCUGGAUUCUACCAGUGCCUCUCACCAUGAUUCCAUUUGGAGUCAUAGCUCAACAAUACAAGAUAGUUGAGAAAGCCAACAACUGUUCCUGCUGGUGCUUACCCAACUAUGGCAAUAUUAUACCUCGGCCGCAAUUAGAAGCUACAAAUGGACACGCUGGAAAUGAGUACUUACAUCAUUUGCAUUAUUUAUUAACAUUUUACUCUGCCCUCCUGAUAUUAAACUUUGCCACUGUCUUGUGCUGCAUGGCAGUCAUCUAUUAUAAAGUCUUGCGUCAAAUCAAACGCAUGAUGUUGACACAAGGAAAUAGCGAAAACACUCCCUUAUAUGGAGCCACUCGGGCCAUGAUUCUAGCUGGACAGAAAGAUGCAAAGAAAAGGGUAUUUCUUUUUCUCACCAUAUACGUCAUAACUGGUUUCAUGAUCAUGUAUUAUGGAGUUGUUAACAUCAUUAUAUUCAACUUUGAGCCAUCAUUAACUGACAAAAGAAAUUUCAACACAAAUGAAGAAGUAAAUUUUUAUUAUCUCCUUUUAGAGGUAAAAACAAAAACAACAAAAGCACAAUUAUCAACAAGUUACACCAUCCUUGAAUCACAGGCGUUACUUGCUCCAUCACAAGGAUUUCUAAAUGCAGCAGCCUAUGGCUGGACUCGUGGAGACUUUCUGAGUGUAAUGUCCAGACGACGACACAACAGAGAACUUCCUGACUCUACCAACACCUCGUACGGGGCAAUGGAAGAGGAGGAGGAGGAGAAGGAGGAGGAGACAGACGUGGAAAGUGAGAGAGAAGAAGGUGAAGGAAGGCUCCUUUUGGACUCAAGGGAGAGAAGACAGAGAGGGAACACUGCCCUCACCCCUGUAUCCCCUGGAGGUCUCCUCGGGGAUGUAUAGAACUUUUUUGAACAUUCAACAUAAUACAAUUUUUGUGCGAGCGCAAAUGAAGGUGUGCAAGUACAGUAGCUUCUCCUCAAAAACUGUGAAACACACCUGGAACAUACUAUGAAAGGGGAGGGGGGUGUUCUGUGAUUGUUAGUGCUGCAACUUCUGUAGCACCUCGACAGGUUCUCUCCCAUUCGGACGGAUUUUCUGGUGGGAUGGGCAAUAUUUAAAGUAAA